AGUGUAGUAGAAAACAGUCGGGGAAACUGCAGGCAGAUUAUUGCAGUGCGUUUAGACUGAUUUUUGUUCGAUUUUGUUUACUGCAACAUUAUCAGAUAGGGAUAUACGGCCAAUGAAGAAACUAAGAUGACUGCAAGACUUAUUAGACUGGUGUUAAAUAUAUAGGGAAUACUUUUUUGGGCUUUUUCGGGUUUAGCUUUCCCGGACAUCUGUACACCUGGCUGCUAAUUUGGUCCCAUAUUUCAAGGUUUUAUGUCAAACCACGCCUUCACUACUCAAAUCUAUUGACAUUUGAAUGUAUCCGAGUUAAUAUCACGAUGCUAGCCACCUUUGUCCCCCCGCAGUGUGUUGGCAGACAGUGAUGUUUAGGCUGACUGGUCUUUUCAGAGCUGCAUGCAGGACCUUUUGUAGCGCUGCUGACGACAUGGCGAAAGGGAAGUUUUUCUACGCAGUUAGGAAAGGACACAAAACCGGAGUCUACACUUCAUGGGACGAGUGUAAGAGCCAAGUGGACAAAUUUCCUUCUGCCUCCUUUAAGAAGUUUGCCUCAGAGCGAGAUGCCUGGGCAUUCGUCAGAGGGAUCGAGCCUUCUGCAGUUCCAGACGUGAAGAAAGUAACUCAGAGCGUGGAGUCUGAUGUCACUCUGCUUCCUAAACGAGGCCCGGAGCCGCUCGAGUACAUCCCUCUUGGCAAAAAGAGAUGUCACUCGGAGGAGGAGGCGGGGCACCAGCCCAAACGAGUUAAGCCAUCAGAAAGCUCGACAUCACAAAACUCAUCAUCAGAGAGCUCGGACGGAUUCACGUACAUGGGUGACGCUGUGGUCGUUUACACUGAUGGCUGCUGCUCAAGAAACGGACAGAGCGGAGCACGGGCCGGCAUCGGGGUCUACUGGGGAUGCAACAACCCGCUAAAUGUUGCAGAGAGGCUGCAGGGAAGGCAGACCAACCAGCGUGCUGAGAUACAAGCGGCCUGCAGAGCGCUGGAACAGGCCAAACAGAAUAACAUCAAGAAACUCGUUUUAUACACUGACAGCAAGUUUACAAUAAACGGUGUGACCAGCUGGGUGAAGAACUGGAAGCUGAACAGCUGGAGGUUGAAAUCUGGAGAUCAGGUUACCAACAAAGACGACUUUGUGAAACUGGACAGGCUGAAUGGACAGGUGGAGGUGGUCUGGAUGCACAUUCCAGGUCACGCCGGCUACAGAGGCAACGAGGAGGCUGACAGGCUGUCGAGAGAAGGAGCGGCGAAGCCUCUGCAACCAGAGCACAAAGAAAAAGACGAGCACCUUUAAAGAAAUCUGCUGCAGGACUGUUUAAUGCUCUUCUUUGGUUCUUUAGCUUUGAAACAAACCUUUGAGAGGUUUGUGUUUCUUGUCCGUGUCAGUUUUGACUGUACCGAAGCUUGAAGGUUGCAGAGAGUCUGCACGCUCAUCCUUUUUCUUUUUUUUGUGUUGAAUGUAAAUUUUGAUUUGUUUUGGGUCUGAAUAAAGAUUUUAAGUUUCA